ACUUAUUAUAGUGAAAUUAAAUUUGCUAUGCAGCUAGGAAUGGCAGGUGCAUUGGAAACACUAUGUGGACAAGCAUUUGGUGCAAAGUAAUAUUACAUGUUAGGUGUAUAUUUGCAACGUUCAUGGAUAGUACUCUUCUUAUGUUGCAUCAUAAUGUUGCCAAUAUUUUUCUUUGAAACACCAAUUCUGAUAUUCUUAGGCCAACCAAAAGAUGUUUCUGAGCUCUCUGGAGUUGUUUUGGCCUCUAUACCAUUACACUUUUUCUUUGCAUUUCAAUUCCCAUUACAAAGAUUCUUGCAAAGUCAAUUGAAGAACAAUGUGAUUGCUUGGGCUAACUUUGUGGCCUUCACUGUCCAUGUGUUGAUAAGUUGGUUGAUAGUGUACAAGUUUCAAUUGGGAAUUAUUGGGACAACACUUACUUUGAAUUUCUCUUGGUGGGUGAUAUUUUUGGUGCUAUUUUGUUAUACUACUUGUGGUGGAUGUCCACUUUCUUGGACUGGUUUUAGUAUGGAGGCUUUUUCUGGACUUUGGGACUUCUACAAACUUUCUGCUUCUUCUGGGGUCAUGUUAUGCUUGGAGAACUGGUAUUACAAGGUGCUAAUUGUAAUGACUGGUAAUUUGGACAAUGCUAAAAUUGCUUUGGAUUCUUUAUCCAUAUGGUAAUUAUACUUUUCUUCU